GCGCACUUUAUACCGCCCCGCUCCCGGGCUUGAGCGGCCGCGGCGCGGCGGGGUUGAGGCGCAGGCGCAGACGCAGCGGGACCACCGGGCGGUGGGGGAGAGUCACGUGGUCGCCAAGCCGGCAGGUCACGUGGUGUCCACCCGCCAAGGGCCGGGAGCCGAAGGCGCCAAGGCGGACGGUCACGUGACCAGGAGGAGGAGGGGGCGCCAUUUUGUACCCUCACCCACCCACCCAACAAAAGCCAAAUUACCCCAAAAGACCCAAGGAAAAUGCCCCGAAUAGACAACGACAUUAAGCUCGACUUCAAAGACGUCUUGCUCCGGCCCAAGCGGAGCACGCUGAAGAGCCGCAGCGAGGUGGACCUGAAGAGAACCUUUGUGUUCCGUAACUCCAAGCAGCAGUACAGCGGCAUCCCCAUCAUAGCGGCCAACAUGGACACAGUGGGAACGUUUGAGAUGGCGAAAGCCCUGGCCAAGUUCUCGCUAUUCACCGCCAUCCACAAGCACUACACGCUGGAGGAGUGGAAGGAGUUUGCCGUCAGUAACCCUGACUGUCUGCAG